CGCGCCUUUUCUCAGAUGAUCAUCCAAGCUGCUCUUCCACGACAGCGGCAUCGAGCGGCCUCACAGCAGACAAUCGCCAUUGCAAGCGGUCGCACUGCGAGGCGAAUGCGUUCAAGCUCGUGCGACAGCGCGUGCGAAGACUACAUUCAUCAUCCGGGCCUGUCAAUCGCUCAUCGAUGAUGGCAGAUUCCAGCCAUCCUCGCAGGACGUCAUGGGAUGACGCAGCCGCGACGGCUGGUGGUGGUGAACCCCAAGCUUCGACAUCCAGACCAGCGAUCAAAGCUCGGCCGCUCACCUUUCAUCAAGGUAGCGCCCGUCCAGCAGCUGCUAGAACGUCCACUUCUCUAUCCUUGCCGCGCCGAUCUUCCUAUGCGGCCACAGCAGCAGCAGAAGCGUCAGGCUUGACAUCCACCUCCAACUCAACUUCGACCUCUGCGAAUACCCCUCAUUUGGCCUUCACCGCGGAUCAAGAUGAGGAGGGCGAUAGGGAUUGGAGAUCCACCGCUAUCGGCGACUCUCCCUUGGAAAGGAGCAUACAUCACGUGGGAAUGGGUCGGUAUCAGUACAGCUUGCUGUUCCUGACAGGUUGUGGCUGGGCAGCGGACAACAUGUGGCUGCAAGGCAUAGCCAUCAUCAUUCCUCGACUGCAAGACGAAUUUCGACUGUCGGACUCGAUCGUAGGCCUGGCUUCGAGCUGCAUGUUCUCGGGCAUGAUGAUAGGUGCUAUCGGCUGGGGCGCCUUUUCAGACUCGUACGGCAGAAGACCAGCAUUCAACCUCACACUGCUCUUAUCGACAGUCUUUGGACUCUUGGCUUCAGUCGCACCUUCCUUUCCGCUCCUCUGCAGCUCGCUCUUCGUCCUUGGUACAGGCGUGGGAGGAAGCAUGCCCACAGAUGGCACCCUCUUUCUAGAGAAUCUGCCCCGGGACAAGAGGUAUCUCCUCACUGCUCUCAGCGUCUUUUUUGCAGCUGGUAGCGUCGCCGCCGCUAUACUAGGUUUGCUCAUCCUGCCGUCCGGUAGCUGUCCAGACCGCGAUACGUGCUCUUCAGAUCAGAAUCGAGGUUGGAGAUAUCUACUAGCCAGCCUUGGCGGUCUCACGGGUCUCUUUCUCAUCUCCCGUUUACUCUUUUUCAAGCUUUGGGAGUCUCCAAAGUACCUAGUAUCAACGGGCAGGCCCUACGAAGCUCGCGUGAUCCUUCAGCGUAUAGCAGCAUACAAUGGCAACCCCCUGAGUCUGAGCGUCAACGAUCUCAGGAACAAUGACGCGAGCGCAGAAUUGCCAGAGCUGGAUGAGGCUGAUCCGUCUAGCUCGACACGCACCAGAUACGAGCAUGAUCUGCAGGAUGACAGCGACGGGACGGCGCAGACGCAAGAUUGGGGGGUAUCGAGCAUUGUGGACGGAGCAAACGAGCUUUUUGGAUUCUCGAAGCCUGCCGGCAAGGAGUAUACGCCGCUAUCCACGCAGGACGUCACGCCUGCAAGCGAAGCUGGGCGGUCACGUCGUGAUGGAUCGACAGAUGAACCGCGCAACUCGCAAACGAACGCACCACAAAGUGCCCGCUCGAGCUUCAGAGCUUCUGAUCGAUCUGCUGCUACCGUCACGCCAAGCGCAGGCAGAGCGAGCGGGCUGCUGAACGCUAUCUUACCGGCGCGAAUGGCAAAAACGGCAGAGCCGGUUCUGGCGAAAUACGACGAGCUGCUCAAGCCUUAUUGGCUACGCACUACGGUACUUGUCUGGUCCAUCUGGGCUCUGUUCAGUCUCGCGUUCACUUCCUUCAACGUGUACCUGUCAAAAUUCUUAGAAGUAAGAAUAGGCGCUUCGAAUAGGAUCCAAGUCAUGGAGGACAUCUUGCUCUAUUCCGCAGCCAGCUUGCCGGGCGCCAUCAUGGGAGCCUAUCUGAUCGAGACUUCGCUAGGUCGCAUACGGACUAUGGCGCUCUCGACCGCACUCGUGGCUAUUGCUCUGCUCAUCUUCAUCCAAGCCACGGAACGCUUCACCAUCGUCUUGAGCUCAUGCAGCAUUUCCUUGGCCGCUUCCGUAUCGUACGCAGCCAUUUACGCUUACCCGCCAGAAGUCUUCCCGACUCACCUCCGAGCCACAGCUUCCGGCACAGCAUCCGCCCUGUCUCGUCUGAGCGGCAUUUUGGCUCCAGUGGCCGCAGGAGCCCUCUUAUCGCUCAGCGAGCAACUCCCUUUUCUCCUCGCCGUCGCGAUCUUCAUCAUUUGCUCCAUUCUCAUGCUGUCGCUUCCGUACGAAACAAGGGACAGAGACGCGGACGCGGCUCACGGAGAGGAUGGGCAAGGCAGUCAAUGAAACAAGAGUGUGAACAGAUGCUCAUCGCCGUACACACGCUCGACUGCGACUGAGCAUGGAGUCCUUU